AUGCCGAAACAGAAAGAAGAUGCUAGUUCAGGUACGGCUAAGAGUGAGUCCGUGGACACUCUUACGUCGUACCUUAACAUGAAAUCUCCUUUGCUAGGGUCUCUUGAAUUUGACGCAAGUAUACCUGAGCCACCAGUUGAUGCUCAUAUGUUAUCUUACGAUUUAAAUCAUGAUGAAAUUGGAUAUCAGCCUUCUGCUUUGGAACUCUUUGAUGGAUGUAUAUCUUUCCGAGAGUUUCAGAAUGGCAUUACGUCUGAGGAUUUGGACGAUAUUAGCUCUAAUCUAUAUGGUCUUAACGACGACAAUCUAAUGUCUCAAUUAGUAAUCGACGCUCGUAACUCUCAUUCCUCUACAAUGGCACGUCUUAAGGAGCUACGUGGAGAGAUAAUGGGAGACCCUGCUAUGCAACUAUUGAAGUCUACCUUUACUAGAGCCGCUGAAGGUUUACCGGAGGAUGUUGUACAGUUGUUGUUUGCGACAGAUGUGCCAAAAACUGAUGCUUCUAGGGCACAAAAUCUAAUGGGAUCUCCACGGGAAUCGCCAAGAGACAAACGAUCUUCUGUAAGGGAAAAGUGGGAAUCCAUGUCGACAAAUGAACGCAUUGAUCACUACAUAUCAUGCAUUAAUGACUCAUUUGUCCCAGUUGAUUCAUUGCGGCAUCCUACAAAUCCCAAUGCUAAAAUCGCAAAGUACUAUAAAAUCAUGCCUAAUGUGGGUUUAUGGAAGAACCGUUACAUUCAGGCUGGUGUGGAUGGUGUUACAUCUGUUACUGCUGCCAAUGAUGCUGGCAAGCUUGCUGUUGGUGGUUUCCUUCACGUUGCCAAGGAUGGCGCUACUCACCGUACAUAUGAAUACUACAACAUGACUGACUCGGAAGAAGCCAUGGAUGCUCAUGAUAUUUCCGGGUCAGACGAGCGCUUCAGAUUCGUUCGCAUGUACUCCUGUCAGAAAUCUACUAAGUCGGAUGGCAAUGAUAAUUACUUCUUACUAUCGCUACCUCCAAGACUUCAUAGCAAAAUCAAUUCGGGCAUCUACGGUACUGAUUCGACGUAUUCUGACGCCAUGGAUGAGGACCUCGGAGCUGAAAAGGACGGUGAUGAAUCAGCUAUACAUAUUCUUUCUGUGAAAGGACACAAGAUGGUUCUUACCAAGGCUGGUAAAGCAAAGCGUCCAGACAUUUUGCUAACGUACACAGACGAUGCUUCUCCCAGAGCUGGACACGAAUAGUGUACUUAAGAAAGUCCACCGCC